GAAGAAGAAGAAGAAGAAGAAGAAAUGGGUGGAGGCAAUGGUCAAAAGUCGAAGAUGGCACGAGAGAGGAAUACGGAGAAGAUGAAAGCAGCGGCUAAAGGAAGUCAGCUUGAAUCAAACAAGAAGGCAAUGACUAUCCAGUGCAAGGUAUGCAUGCAAACAUUCAUGUGCACAACUACCGAGGUGAAGUGCAGAGAACAUGCAGAAGCAAAACAUCCCAAGUCCGAUGUUUUCACAUGUUUUCCUCAUCUUAAGAAAUGACAUCAUCAAUUAUGUACAUAGAAAAAGAGCUCGUUUGUGUCUGAAAGCUUCAUCUUUCAUAAUUUCACCCGCUUGCUUAUAUUUGGAAGUUUCUAAAAUAUUUGAUGUCUUUGCAAACUCUUG